UUCACUUCCCCUGUGUGGCUCUUGUUAUGCUGCGACUCCGUUAACUACAAUCCUGUGUCGGAUCGCAGUAUUUUUAAUACCAGGUAUCACCAAUUCGCCACAAAAUGUCUUCAGAAGUUUUAGUGGCCAGACAUAAUUUCGACAGCAGGUCAGUUGCCCAAGCAGGCGAGCCGUUCCCUCCAGACGCAGAGGCCACAUUCAAGGAGGGCUUCUAUCCCUCCUCCGGCUUGGCUACGGCGGGGUACCGUUCAUCCAAGUACAGCCCGGAGGAAUGGCACGUCAAUAACUUCUCUACCCUUCACCAGGCCGCUACUGACCGAAACAACGCCGAGAGGAUUUGCCAUGAGUCCAAAACACUGUAUCAAGAGACCGAGGCCGGGACUCUGCGCACCCAAGCUGAGGGGACGCGGCACCUAGGAGAGAGACUGCAGCAUAUCCACUUCUGGAAGUCGGAGCUGCAGCGGCACAUCGAGAAGCUGGUGGCCGAGACAGACCUCCUCCUGGGGCAGAAGAGGAGGCUGUUGAAGGCGCUGGACGCCACCGAGAUCCCGUUCGCCAUCGCCACGGAUAACCUAACCUGUCGGGAACGGCGGCUGGGUCCCGACCUGGUUAAAGACGGCGUAGAGGAGGAGCUGCUUAAGGAGGUGGAGUUGAUCAGGAGCAUCCAGGCUCUGUUGAAGAGAACGCUGAGUCAGGCUGUCAAUCAAAUCAAGUGUAACAGAGAUGCCAAGCAGACUCUAGAGCUGGACUGGUCUGAUAAGUACCAGGCCUACAGUCUGGAUGACCAGUGUGGUCGCUACAACAACAUGAGUACUGACACUCAGUACCACCCCAACUCAGACAACCUACAGGACCAGCUGUGUAACCGUGAUGCGUGGGUGUCUUUCACCCAGGACAACCUGUCUGUGGCUCAGCGGGAGGAGCAGGCCAGCGUGGAGCUCAGGCUGCUGGUGGAGAGGGUCCUACAGGAUACGGCUGAGGACCUGAGGGUCCAGUGUUCUAACGUAGACCAGGCCUUCAGCCAGCGCUGUCUGCAGCUCACUGAGGCCAAGACACAGCUACAACUGCAUCUCACUCAGAUCCUGGAUCAGAUCGGGGCCCAGGAGAGGAACAUUGUGUCUCUUCAGCAGGCUCUGUAUGAUAAAGAGGCCCCUCUGAGAGUGGCUCAGUCCCGGCUGCACCAACGCUCACACAGACCCCACAUGGAGCUCUGUAGGGACAACCCACAAUUCAGCCUGGUGGGCGAGGCAGGUCAGAUCUCCCAGACCAUGUCAUCCCUGCAGCAGCAGCUGUCUGCAGCGCGGAGCUCCCUGUCCCACCUGGAGGAGUCCCGCAUGGUGCUGGAGAAGGACAUCGGCUGUAAGACCCACAGCCUGCUCAUCGACAGGGACAAGUGCAUGUCCCACCGCACCCGCUACCCCACCAUCAUAGUCCUGUCUGGGUACUGAAGAGAGAGAGAGACAGGGGGAUAUGGGGACGUGUGUGUGUGUGUGUGUGUGUGUGUGUGUGUGUGUGUGUGUGUGUGUGUGUGUGUGUGUGUGUGUGUGUGUGUGUGUGUGUGUGUGUGUGUGUGUGUGUGUGUGUGUGUGUGUGUGUGAUCAAGUCUGUAUUAGUGACUAGUGCAACAUUGUGUGCAUUUGCUUGGUGUUUCCAGUUGUGUUGUGUCAAUCAAUAAAGGCUUGUCUGUCA